AUGUCAGACAGGCUCAAGGAACGCAAAAGAACCCCGGUUUCUCAUAAAGUUAUAGAAAAGCGGCGGAGGGACCGAAUCAACCGCUGCUUGAACGAGCUGGGCAAGACAGUCCCCAUGGCCCUGGCGAAACAGAGUUCCGGGAAACUGGAGAAGGCGGAGAUCCUGGAGAUGACAGUCCAGUACCUCAGAGCUCUGCACUCUGCGGAUUUCCCCCGGGGAAGGGAAAAAGAGCUUUUAGCAGAGUUUGCCAACUACUUCCACUAUGGUUACCACGAGUGCAUGAAGAACCUGGUGCAUUAUCUCACCACCGUGGAGCGGAUGGAGACCAAAGACACCAAGUAUGCGCGCAUCCUAGCCUUCUUGCAAUCUAAGGCCCGGCUGGGCGCAGAGCCGGCCUUCCCAACUCUCUCGCUCCCGGAGCAGGAUUUCUCCUAUCAGCUGCAUCCCGCAGGUCCGGAGUUUGCCGGCCACAGUCCAGGCGAGGCCACCUUGUUCCCGCCGGGGGCUACGCCGGGGUCACUGCCCUGGCCUCACGGUGCGGCCCGCAGCCCAGCACUGUCUUACUUGUCCAGCGCACCGGUACCUCUCCCCAGCGCCGCGCAGCAACACAGCCCCUUCCUGGCUCAGGUGCAGGGCUUGGACAGGCAUUACCUCAAUCUGAUCGGCCAUGCCCAUCCCAACGCCCUCAACUUGCACACGCCCCAGCACCCGCCGGUGCUCUGA